GCUAGGAUUCUUGACAGGAGAGGGCCUCAGCCCCGCACCCCUCCAUCACACGCACACCAACACCGCUCUUGAUGCACAGAACGAAUGAAACGUCCAGGGAAAAGUCGAGGUGGAAAGGAGUUUACAACCUCCGGACCACUUGGUUUCUAAACAGAUGUUUGAGUGCCUACUGCACGCGAGGAGCCGGGAUGCGGGUGAAUAGAACCCACAGGUCCCUGCCUUCUUGGCGCUUAUGUGCCGGAUGUGGACUAAAGCGGGCAAACAAGACGACGUUAGGCAGCUAUAGUGCUGUGAUUGAAUAAAAAAAGGGGCUUGGUGGGCUGCAAGGAGAUCUGAAGAAGUGCCAGUCAGUUUUUGCUGAGACCGGAGCCUAGGGAGUGAGCCAGGAAAGGCUCCGAAGGAAGGUUCUGCAAGGCAGGAGUGGCCAGUGCGAGGGUGGGAAUGGCCGUGGUGGGAGAGAGAAACAUCACUGUUGGAGCUGAGAGAAAAGAGAGACGGGGUGGUGGGGGGGGGGGGGGAAGGUCAGGAUGAAGACAAAGUCUGACUGUGUGCGGUGACUUCCUUGCUGUGUAAGCAGGCACACCUGCUCGUCUGCUUGGGCUGUUUCCUUUUUUGAAAAGCGGAGACGAUAAAAGUUUCCAUUUCAGUGGAUUGUCGAGUACAUGACACAGCAAUUGCUCCAUUACGGUGGGUGGGUAACUUAUAAUCCAUCCACCGGGCAAGAAGGCUUUGUUAAGCAUCUACUUUGUCAGGCCCCUUGUCAGCACCGCGUGCAAGGUCAAAAAGCGCUGGCUCCUCCCGUACCCACUCCCCUCACGCUCCCACCCCUCUUCCUGGUUCCUUGUUUUCUUCAGAGGGCUUCACUCCUGAGACUUCUGCACCGCUCGCUCGUUCCAGGCACUGAUCUCGUUUGUCCUGCCGGCAGUAACUGGAACCGGGCUUCCCACCGAGUUCGCUCCGGGCCUCAACCCCGGCGGGGUCGCGGCGAGGAGCCUCUUUGGCCCGGGAAAGGCCCGUGUGCUCUUCCCAGUUAGGACCCCGACACCGCCUUAGGCGGGAAUGGCUGCUGGAGUGUCUGUGGGCACCAUAGUUGCCUCUAAAACCACAAAUCAUCCAGGAGUCCCGAGAGCAAACGCCAGCCCCAUCCCCAAGUCAAACGACGGAAGAAACGUCAGAUCCUUCCCGUUCCCACCGCCGAGUCUGUCGGCCAGAUCUCGGCCGGAAGUGGGGGGCCUGAGGCGGAAGGGGUGGGGCCGGAAGCCCCUUCCGGCGACUGCGCCACGUCCGAGGAGGCGGUAAUCAAGCGGUGACGGACCCUGGGGUCGGAGCUGGACGCGAUGGCGGACUGGGCUCGGGCUCAGAGCCCUGGUGCUGUGGAGGAGAUUCUAGACCGAGAAAACAAGCGGAUGGCUGACAGCUUGGCCUCCAAGGUCACCAGGCUCAAAUCGCUGGCUCUGGACAUCGAUAGGGAUGCGGAGGACCAGAACCGGUACCUGGAUGGCAUGGACUCAGAUUUCACAAGUAUGACGGGUCUACUCACAGGGAGCGUGAAGCGGUUUUCCACAAUGGCGCGAUCUGGGCGAGACAACCGGAAGCUUCUUUGUGGUGUGGCUGUGGGCCUGAUUGUGGCCUUCUUCAUCCUCUCCUACCUCCUGUCGAGGGCAAGGACGUGAGCCAAUGGGAGCUGGCUUCUGUGGGUGCCUGGGGCAACCAGGAUCUUCCUCUGUCUGGUGUUUUGGGCUCCAGAGAACUUGUUUUCAAAAUACUCCUUUGAAAUGAGGAUCAUGGCUUAGGAAUGUUUUUUCUGCGUGGUUGGGAGCCUCUAACCCAGUGAGCUCUUGUUAGCUGGUUCUAUGUGUGCAAGGGCCCUAUCCCUGUGGGGUAGCCUAGGCCCAGCUCCCUCUGCCACCUUGAGCUCUAGAAGCCCCAGCAGUGUUGGGUCCAAGCAGAGCAUCUGGGAAUCCUGGACACGGCCGCCUGUGAGCAGCAGUCCUUUCCUCGGCCCUUGAGGUUCUGAGCGUCUCAAGGCUUCUCUGCGCUGUCUUGGUCUGGAUGAGGCUGUGUCUGAUGUUUGAGCUGCCUGGAGCUGACACAGGAAGGGGGUGUGGCUGUGAAGCUCAAAUCACUGCUGUCACCUCCAACUGAGUGUCCUCAGCCCGGAGAUUGCAGUUUCUCUGGCCAGGGCUGCUGGUCAUCCAUGACCCGGAGAGAGUCAAAGGUCCUGCUGAGUGGCCUCUUCUUGCCCUCCAGUCCUGCGACUGAAACCAGGCCCUCGGGGAUGGGCAGGAGGGUGGGUGGAGGAAGGGACUGCAGUGCAGGCUGAGGACUUGGGGCCCAAGUCCUGGCAGUUUCCCAGCCGUGUGUCCAGGAGCAGAAGCUGAUGUUCUCACGGGAUUCAGGAUCUGCCCAGCACCAGAGACCUGCUUCCUGGAGACUAGACCUCUGGAGACAUGUCUGACUGACGCUUCAGAGUCAGGCCCGGUGUGAGGCGGGUCUUUUGGGGCCCAAGUCCUGGCAGUUUCCCAGCCAUGUGUCCAGGAGCAGAAGCCGAUGUUCUCACGGGAUUCAGGAUCUGCCCAGCACCAGAGACCUGCUUCCUGGAGACUAGACCUCUGGAGACAUGUCUGACUGACGCUUCAGAGUCAGGCCCGGUGUGAGGCGGGGCUUUUGGGGCCCAAGUCCUGGCAGUUUCCCAGCCGUGUGUCCAGGAGCAGAAGCCGAUGUUCUCACGGGAUUCAGGAUCUGCCCAGCACCAGAGACCUGCUUCCUGGAGACUAGACCUCUGGAGACAUGUCCGACUGACGCUUCAGAGUCAGGCCCGGUGUGAGGCGGGGCUUUUUUCGGUGUACGUGGGAGGUUUCUGGAUGAUGACUUUUCUUAGGAACCGUAGGUCACUUUUUGAGGGUUUGUGGGCAGUUUCCACUAAGCUAACCCUAACCUGCAAUGUCUGCCCACCUCUCCCUGGGCCCUCAGUGUCCACUUGGUCAGUCCCCUGCUCCUAUGGACUGAACUAACAGGCCCAGCCAAACCAGUGGCUUCUUUGUACCUCCCUGUGAGUCCCCGGUGUCCUUGUCUUCCCAUAAAAAACACUUGUAAGAAGUCGUUGGCUCUGUGUCUUUCCUGGUUCCUGUUCCCAUCUUCUUGGUUACGCUCCUUACUCUGACCGUCCAGCUGCCCGCACACUCGCGCCGCGUGUGGGGUAUCAGCUCCUCUCGCCACCUUGCUCUCUUCUCUGCCCGUGCGGACCUCGCCUUCUGGCCCUGCCACUCCUGCCGCUCCUCUUCCUCUCCCUGGUUCCCUGCCCAGCAGGCCUGGCCUCUCCUCAGACGCUUGCCAUGGAGCCCUUUUCUCUCUACUGCAGUUGGCUGGGCCCUUGGCCUCCUGAGUGCUCUGCCUGACGGUCACCAUCCUUCCAGUGCGUGCUUCUCACACAGUAAGGUUGGCUCGCUUGCCUCUGUGUCCCUGGGGCUUGGGUGUAUCUCUGUCCUCCUUGACAUCCCUCCACAGGACCCUGUGGCCGUGCCUUGACCCCCAUUGUUUUGUGUACCACGGCUUUGACUUCGCCCUCUGCCCUCUCACAGUGAACCUAGUCACAGGGACUUGUCCACUGGUCACCAGGCUCAAAGCUGCUACCCAUAGAGUGUCUCCAUCUGGUCACUGCAGGUGCAGCAGAUACCCCCAGACCUGAACUCCGUGGCCCCUGCCUUUUCUGGGCCUGCUAACCUUGCUUCCUGAGAAGGUGGCUCAGCCAGGGCAGCCCUCCCCAACUGCCCCGCUCCAAAGCAGACCAGGAAUUUGGAGUUCGUGUUUCAGGGUGGUCUUUUCUGAGGAAAGUGAAAGUUGUUCAGUCGUGUCCGACUGUUUGUGACCCCAUGGACUGUAGUUCAUGGAAUUCUCCAAACAAGAAUACUGGAGUGGGUAGCCUUUCCCUUCUCCAGGGAGUCUUUCCAUCCCAGGGAACGAACCCAGCUCUCCUGCACUGCAGCCAGGGUCUCUACUGACGGCUGUCGGUGAAGUCCCUUCUCUGAGGAGGACUUUGCCGUCUCUGCUGUGUGGCUUGCCUCAGGUUGCCGUCUGUGCCUCCCUGCUUCUCCGUCUCUAUGACUCUGUAGCCUUCCCAGCUAUUCGGGGUCUGGGUGUUUGUUUCUCAUUGUGUUAGAUGAACAGCUGACGCGGGCAUGGAGCUCUGCUGUGCUGUGUCAGGAGGGUUUCCUGUGGGGCCUUCACCCUUCUCCUCAGCCCUGUACACUGAGCGCCUAGUCCUGUGGGUGAGUGGGGUUUGCUGACGUUGAGCCCGAGACUAUAAAGCAGAGAAGGACUUGAGGACCUUCGGGGUCACGUGUGGACAGACAGCCAGGCUCUAUCCCUUAAGUCAAAGACAAGGCAUUUAGCAAGAAAAACUCGAAAUAAACAGCAUCAAAGUAAA